ACUACCUCGCAGACGAUGAGGACGGCGCUGGAAGCAGGCCCUUCCCGCCUUACCGCUCCUAUCGCCGGACAUGAUGCUGCGUCGCCCCUGACUUCAGGUGCCGAGUUGCUGCCCAAGUCCUGGCGACAGACGCUGCCGGAAGAACAGCACGACUGGGUGGGCCGUGCGCUUUUUUUCCGAGGUCCCAAGGGGAAAGCGGUUCUCAAGUCUGGGUUGAAACUAUGAUGGCAACCUCCUAGGAAAUUGCCGUAUUACACGCAGCCCCCUGCCUCGUCCGCCGUCUUUUUCCACUCGCGCUUUUUCCUGUGGUGCCCGUACAAGCUUUGGGGCUGCAAACUGGAGUGCCCAAAAUGCAAGCACAAGCUGACGGGUUGUGGACUGUACAAGACCCUGAGGAAGGUCUUGGACUUAAGUGACUGGUACUACAUGGCCACAGAGUAUCUGGAGUGCCACGCGUGCCACAAGAAAUAUGCCGCUUGGGCCAGCAACAUCAUGGGGCAGCUGAGCACGGCAAAACAGGCAGAGUUCCCGGCGAUCCUCACCUACAGGUUAUCUUGUGACAAGAAGGUCAUACGGCAAAUGCAGGCUCGCACGCUGGGUAACAGUGCCACUCGGCUUCGCUCCUACUUGGUAGAGGAGCACUCACGAGAGUGGCAGACUCGGGCACUCGGCUACCUGGAGUUGAUGGCUCGCUUUCACUCCGUCAGCUCCUUCCCGCUGCCGAGGGCCUGUGUCCCGCCCAUGCGCCCGCUGCCUAGCGUUUCCUGGCUGCUGUCGGUGUACGUGAGGGAGGUUCUUCCUCGCAUGGAGCACACGAAGGCCAGGAUUACGUCUACUUUCGGAAGUAUCCUGAAAAUGGACUCCACCAAGAAGAUGACCAAGAAGCUGGCAGGUGAAGCCGCGGGAACGGCUGCCUGGGUCACCAACGUCGGCAACGAGCUGGGCCAGGUGCUAAUGUCGGUGCUGACCGCGGCAGAGGGGGGCGGUCUGCUGGCCAUGGCCCAGGGACUCAUGCGCCGCUACCGAGAGGCCGGGCGAGACCCUCCUCACGUGCUUUACGUGGACCGUGACUGCUGCUGCUCCGCCGCCGGACAGCCUAAGAGGCAGGCCCAGCACACAAGUGCAACCCAGCCACCUGCUGUUACUGUGCCCAACCCACAGACCCCUGUGCCCAACCCAUACACCCAUUCUAUGUGGUUGCUGCGGAAGAUUUUACCAAAACUACCUCUGUAACCUUAUGACUUGGCUCUCUGUUUUUUCCAUUGUCCCUUUCAAAAAUACUUGUGAAAUACAGUACGUUGUACAUGA